AUGUCAUCAUCAAAUGAAAUUGAACAAUCCAAUGAAUUGGAAGCACUCCAAUCAAUUUAUCCAACAGAAUUAACUAUUAAUUCAUCAACAAAUUUUAAAAUUGAAAUUUAUCCCUAUACAGUCGAAUCGGAAACAGAAACUAAUAGUGUUGGUAUUACAUUGGAAGUUAAUUAUACUCCUGAUUAUCCAGAAUCAGUUAUACCUUCAUUUGAAAUUUAUAAUACAAGAGGUUCUAUUACAAAACGUGAAAUGAGUGAAUUAAAAGACAUGUUAAUAGAAACAGCUAAUCAAUUUUUAGGUACAUCAUGUGUAUUUACUAUUGCUAGUACAAUUCAAGAAUAUUUAGAUAGAUUUACAAUGGAUUCUGAAGUAUUAGCAUCAAAUAUUGGACGAGGAACACCUGUUACUAUUGAAAACUUUAGAGAGUGGCGUGAUAAAUUUGUUGUUGAACAAAAGAAAAUUAUGGAAAAACAAAGAAUUGAAAAGGCUAAGAAAUUACCAGGUCCUAAAAGUGGUAGAGAAAUAUUUGAAGAACGUCAACAACUUUUGAUCAGUAAAAUUGGUGAAGCAGCUGCUGCUAAUCAAUACGUUGAAGAGGAUGAUAUUGAUGAAGAUUUAUUCUUGGAAGAUGAAGAUGAAGAAGAAGUCAAUAAUGAAGAUGAACAAGAUGAAGAAUAA